CGGUAACCUAUGUGAUUUAUGUGCGAGUAUUUUUUUAUUCUGAGAGUGACACACACAGCUGUGCAGAUUUGCAGAGCGGGGUCUGUGCGGGGGUAGCACAGGAGAGCAGAGCAAGAGGAGGGGGUGUGAGGAGGAAUAACCAACAAGGAAACCACUUUCAGCUUUGCUCCUGCACCGCCUGGCUGGCUCUCAGCCAGGUUUCUCCAGAGAGGGUUGGCUCACCCCUUCUCCUCUCCUCCCUUCUUUCUCUCCCAAACCCACAUACGCACCAACUCUCCAACUCUCCGACGCGUCAGGCGAGGAGAAGAAGAAGAAGGAGAAGAAGAAGGAAAAGAAGAGCGUUAAAAAGACGAGGAUAACUUUUCCAACAACAGCAAUGAGGACAAGGAGUAACUUCUAAAGAUGUCAAACGUGUCGGUUUUGCAGACGGAUCACUUGGAAGCGCGAGGGAAGUGAUUUUUUUUUUUCUUUAGGAGAAAACAGGAGGGAGGACGCGCGUUUUUUUUCCGCCGUAUGAAACUUCAGAAAUCAGCCUGGGUUAACAAAGCAGGCGCCUUAGAGCUGGAGUUUGUGAUUUAAUGUCUCUGGGUCCGUGUGGAGGGCAGUGAAGGAUGCCAGGAUGCCCUCUCUGAUCCCCCAUCUGCUUGUCAUCUGGCUGAGCGUCCACAGGCUGGCGUGGUGCACGGAGCGCUCCUCCACACGGGAGCGCUUCAAGGUGGUCAUCGCUCCUCUCAUCUGCAAGCGGAUCUGCCUGAAGGGCCAUUGUCAGGAUACCUGUGAGCAGGGCAACAACACCACGCUGAUCGCAGAGAACGGCCAGGGUGCCGACACGCUGAUAGGACAGGGCUUCAGGGUCGUUGUGUGUCCCCUGACGUGCUUGAAUGGAGGAGUAUGCAACUCGAGGAAGCACUGCCUGUGCCCUCCCGGCUUCACUGGUCGACUCUGCCAGUUUCCACUCCCGCAGACGCAACAAGCUCAGGCAGCACGAGGCAACGAGUCGCCCGUCUACCCCGUCGCUUUGAAACCAGACGGCAUGAAACUAGUGGAGCAAUCAGCCAUAGGGCGUACACAGCUGACACAAACACACUCAGUUUUCACUCUCCCUUUUUCAUCUGAAGUGCAGGUAAAUUUACGUGUCCACCACACACCAGACACCUCUGUAGUCAUUCAACCUCUCGACCAAUCAGAUGUCAAGCCUCCCCUCAAGACGGGGCCACGCCUGAUCCCCACGGGAAACAAACCAAAGGGGCGCUGCUUCCAGGAAACCACACCAAAACAAGCUUGCAACAGCACCCCACUUCCUGUUCUAACCAAUCAGGAGGAUUGCUGCGGCAGUGUGGGGAAUUCAUGGGGGCAAAACAAGUGCUAUCAGUGCCCCAAACUACCCAAUGCAUCAGUUAAGCACACCAUUGUGGAGGACUACGGCUCCACGUGUCCACAGGGCUAUAAAAGAUUUAACAGCACUCACUGUCAAGACAUCAACGAGUGCUCGAUGCAGGGUGUCUGUCAGAACGGAGACUGUCUGAACACACUGGGCAGCUUUAAAUGUUCCUGCAAGCCAGGUUCGGUGCUGGACAGGAAUCGAUGUAUCGAACAAGCUCAGUGCUUCUUGGUGUCUGACAACAAGGGCUGUGAGCACGCACUGGCCACUCACCUCACACAGGAGUUGUGCUGCUGCACUGUAGGCAAAGCCUGGGGCCACAACUGUGAAAGAUGUCCUCAGGUGGGCACAGAGGCCUUCAGUAAGAUCUGCCCAGCCGGGAAAGGCUACCUCCUCCAGACCUUCAGAGAAUCUUUGGUCUACCCACCCAUCAUCUUCCCCCGCAAGCCUGAAAAGAAAGAACCAAAGAGGCCGGAGAGGCGUCCAGAGAUAACGACUGCUGCUGAGCAGGCUCCAACCAGCACUGGCAGUCUUCGUGUGCCAGUUGUUAAACCCACUCCUCCAACAAUCGUCAGAAUGACCCCGGGCAAUGACCCCUUCGAAACACAGACUAAAGUCUUGCCUGAGACAGAUGAUGAAUGCAAGCAAAGCAGGGACAUUUGUGGUCAUGGAGAGUGUGAGAACAGACCAAAUGGCCACAUCUGUCACUGUCACCCAGGCUACCGUCUGAACCCCCAGAGGAACAUCUGUGAGGAUAAUAAUGAAUGUGAGUCAGAACCUUGUGGCCACGGCAGAGGACAUUGCAUCAACACAGAGGGAGGCUACAAAUGCCACUGUCGUCAGGGUUAUAAACACAUGGUGCAGCAUGGCAGACUCAAGUGCGUAGAUGUGAAUGAGUGCUCCAAGCCGGACAUCUGCGGUGUCGGAGGCCAGUGUUUGAACCUCCCUGGCUCAUACAAAUGUGAAUGUCACAGCGGCUUUAAGAGCAAGUCACACCGUCAUCCCGCCUGUGAAGACAUAAAUGAGUGCUUGAAUCCCGACACUUGUCCCAAUGAGCAGUGUGAGAACACACCAGGCUCGUACGAGUGUGUGCCCUGCCUGCCUGGUCACGAGGCUCGCUCUGGCAUCUGCUAUGACAUCAAUGAGUGUCAGAAGCCUGGAAUCUGUCCUAACGGGCGCUGCGAGAACCUCCCUGGUACUUACCGCUGCCUGUGCAACGAGGGCUUCCUCCCAAAUUCAGACAGCAAAGGCUGCAGCGACAUUGAUGAGUGUGAGGACCACCGGCUGUGUGCUUACGGUCACUGCCUAAAUACAGAGGGCUCCUUCCAGUGCCAGUGCUACCCAGGAUACCAGCGCACACAGGAGGGCAGCCACUGUGAAGAUAUAAAUGAGUGUGAGAGGCCAUCUAACUGUCAGCGCGGCCGCUGUAUCAAUAGUAUGGGCUCAUACCACUGCGAGUGCCAGAAAGGGUACACUCUGAUCGGAGGCAGGAGGUGCCAAGACAUAGACGAAUGUGCCACGGACAGAAAUCUCUGCCAGCCCUACGGCUCUUGUGAGAACAGACCAGGCUCCUAUUUGUGCGUCUGCAAUCACGGUUACGUCCUCUCAGAGGACAAACACAGCUGCGAGGCAGUUCGAGUGCAGAUUGAUGAGAAGAAGGAGUGCUACUUGAACCUGGAUGACACCGUGUUCUGUGACAGCGUCCUCGCCACCAACGUCACCAAGCAGGAGUGCUGCUGCUCCAUUGGAGUGGGAUGGGGAGAUCACUGUGAGAUCUACCCCUGCCCUGUCUCACACUCAGCUGAGUUCCACUACCUGUGUCCAAACGGGCAGGGUCUCUACUAUAAUGAAGGCCUCAUGUACAGCCUGCCUGCCUACCAUGAUAUCGACGAGUGUUCUCUGUUUGCCGAUGAAAUCUGCAAGAAAGGUCGCUGUGAGAACACGCUGCCAGGCUACGAGUGCUACUGUCAGCAGGGCUUCUACUACGACAGCAACCUUCUCGAGUGCAUCGACGUGAACGAAUGCCACGACGAGUCUCUGUGUACUAACGGUCGGUGCGUCAACACUGAAGGCUCCUUCUACUGCUACUGCAAUGACCCUUGGUCUCCAGACUCCAACAAGAAGAAGUGUGUGUUGACAACAAAAGCAGACAUGAAUGAGUGUGAGGACCCAGAGAACUGUAAGAACGGACACUGUGUGGACACACCAGGGUCGUACUACUGCAUCUGCUCUCCACCCUGGGCCCUGGCCACUGAUCGUAACAGCUGUGUGACACCUGAAGAGCAGGCUGAUGUGAAUGAGUGCCAGGACCCCUGGUACUGUAAGAAUGGGAGGUGUGAAAACACGCCCGGCUCCUGUCACUGUUUUUGCGACCCUCCCCUCACCUUCAGUGCAGCGCUGAAGCAGUGCGUCUUUGACGAUCGGACUGCAGCCCACAAGGAUGUGUGUUUCCUGCAGGUUGACGAGGGUUUGAUCUGCAGCGAGCCCAGAAAUGACAUAGUGGUGACUUACUCGGAGUGCUGCUGUCACUACGGUCGUGGCUGGGGACCCGAGUGUAACACCUGUCCCCCCAGAAACUCAGAGAUGUUCAGUCGUUUGUGUGAGAUGCAUCUGGAGACAGAGUCUGAUGGGGAGCAGGAUUUCCUGGCAGCUUUCGCAAACUACAACCCAGGUGAUAGUUCAGAGGAGGAUUCAGAUGAAUGCAGCUGUGCAAAUGGCCGCUGUGUUCGCUCCUACCUUGGCACCAUGUGUGAAUGUAACACAGGCUUUAGGCUGGACCACUCUCGAACCCGCUGUAUAGACAUUGAUGAGUGUGCAGAACCAGGAGCCCGUGUGAGUCCUUGUAAGAACGCUCGCUGUGUGAACACUGCCGGCUCAUACAAGUGCUACUGCAAACACGGUUUUGUCCCCACGCGCAGGCCAAACAUAUGUGUCCGUCGCAGGUCUCGGUAACCUCUGUGUGUCUCCCAAUUUAUCCCUAACUUCAGUACAAGACUGACCCAAACACGCCUGUACAUACAGUUCUGUCUCUUAGUACAAACAUGGGACUGUGUAUGUGUGUGUACUUCUAAAAGCAGGAACACCCAUCAGCAGCCAAAUCAUAGCACUGGCUCACACAAACAUCAUCAGCUCCUGUUUGCUCCCCGUUUCACAUUUAAAAAAAAUAAUCAAUACAGUUCAGGUGGUUGUUUGUUAAACAUGUUUUGUAAUUAUUGUUUGUUUAACAGGUUUUUUUUAAGUUUAAUUUGUGCAUUUUUGUGUUUUUUUUCAUUGACCUCCCUGUUGCGUUGACUUUUUGUUUUUAAAUUGAAUCUCAGAUCCAAAGAUCUAUCUGUUCUAUCAUCAGUCAAUGUUAACGUGAGAACUUUGAAAUGUUAUUGUGUUCCCCUUUACAUUCCCCUGAGUCCACAUUCUUUCAUGUUCAUUUCUAAAUUGAAGUUCUUUCUCACCACACAUUGUUCUUUUGUGUUAUUGUACAGAUUGUCUGAUGCAUUAAGAGUUUCUUUAAGAAUAAUCCCUGUCCUCUCCUUGUUUAUUUGUUAUUGUAAAAUAUGACAAACCUGAAGUUUUUGUAUAAUUUGACAUGUGCACCGAAGUGGACUGUAAGCUAGAAAAAGAGGCCAUGCACUUAACAAAGAAUAUAGUGGGAAUAUUUGCUUCAUUUAGCUUAUCCAGGAAAACCAACAAAGUUUGACAUCUGUUGUCAUGAUUGCUGCAUUAAAGUAUUUUGGAAAACCAAAGACGCUCUCGUGGAAAGAAGAGUUUAAUAAAAGAAAAGAUGUCAACCA